AUGAACAACUCUUCUACAGGAUCCUCAUCGAAAUCAAAAGCCGGGUCUUCUUCACAGUCUUCAGAAAGUUCAUUUAAGCGAAAGCGGGGAGUGUUUCAGAAAGACUUGCAGCAUAUGAUGUAUGGUUUUGGUGAUGAUCCAAAUCCGCUCCCAGAGACUGUGGCACUUGUGGAGGAUAUUGUCGUGGAAUAUGUGACAGAUUUGGCACAUAAAGCCCAAGAAAUCGGAUCAAAGAGGGGAAAGCUAUCGGUUGAGGAUUUUCUGUAUCUAAUUCGCAAGGAUCCUCCAAAACUCAAUCGUUGUACAGAGUUGCUGUCUAUGCAAGAGGAGCUAAAACAAGCAAGGAAGGCCUUUGAGGUAGACGAAGAGAAGCUAGCAUCGACAGAGUGA